AUGUCUAUGUAUUUAUUUCCUUUUAAACUGAAAUCUUUAGGAAAUAAUGCUUUAAGGAGGAAAUUAUUCAUUCCGCAAAUAAGAAAAUUUUCAAAAUACAAAUCGGCAUGUCAUUAUUCAACAAAUGAAAAUUUAAACAAAAUUAGCACUAAAACAGCGGAAAAUUUCAUACCGUUUCUUCAAAGAAUCGACAUCAGACGUACUGAAGCUAGAAGGAGCAUAAUCGUGCAAGUACAAUCAGCGAAAUCGUACAAAGAACUAUGGUCUUAUUGCAGCACAUUCGGGGCUAUUAAAUCUAUGUUCCACUAUUCUGUUGGAAUAGAUCCUUCACAUUUCAUAAUCGUAGAGUUCGAAAACGAAUCGAUCGUUUCAUCGAUAAUGAACUCCAGCAAUUAUUCCGAAGGCGGUUCAGGAAUGCCCACGCAGUCAAACUUCAUGUGGUUCAAAGCCGCUAACAAUAAAUUAAAGCUAAAAGACAACAAAAACGCUAAUCUCUCCGUUGAAUUCGGCACCGAUAUUCAAUUAGAAGAGGAAAUUAAAGUAGCCCUCGGUAACUCCGAAAACGUUUCAGAACAAAUAAGAAAACUCCACGAAUUGACCAGAUUGAACGAUGUAGGUGUUCGCUUGAGAUUCUUAACUGCCUUGCAAAUCGAAAAUGCCAUCACGGGGAUGUUUCCGCACGCUACUGCAUACCCCUUCGGCUCCAGCGUAAACGGUUACGGCAAAACGGGCUGUGAUUUAGAUUUAUUUCUAAAAUUAAGCAACGAUAAGAGGCACGAUAACGGUCGGUUAGUUUUUCAUUGCAAGCCCUUAAACAGUUCGGAACGGUCUACAACACAGAGGCAUAUGGAGGUUAUUGGAGAUUUAAUUCAUUUAUUUUUACCCGGUUGCGGGCACGUUCGUAGAAUUUUACAAGCCAGGGUGCCUAUUAUCAAAUACCAUCAGCAGCUAACCGAUGUUGAAUGCGACGUUUCCAUGUCAAAUAUGUCUGGUGUUCACAUGUCCGAUUUCCUCUACAUAAUGGGGGAAUUAGACGAUAGAGUUAGACCCCUCGUUUUCACCAUAAGGAAUUGGGCGAAAACCGUCGGUAUAACAAAUUCAGCCCCCGGAAGGUGGAUAACGAAUUUUUCUUUAACUCUGCUAGUACUCGCCUUCCUUCAGAAUCCUCCGAGCGGGAAGCCCGUAAUACCUACACUAAAUAAAUUAGAAGAACAAGCAGGUAAAAGCGAUAAAUUUGCACUGGAAGACGGCACGGACGUUUCGUUUUUACGAGACAUCACCAAGUAUAAACAGAAAACCAAAAAUACCGAUUCUUUAGAGCGACUGCUGAUGGAAUUCUUCGUGUAUUAUUCCCAGUUCGAUUUCGAUAACAAAGCUAUUUGUUUGAACGAUACGGUGGCGAUAGCGAAGCCCGAACACAGCGCUAUGUACAUAAUAAACCCCUUAGAAAGGGGCCUGAACGUCAGUAAAAACGUUAGUUUCGAAGAAGUCCUUAGAUUCAAGAAUGAAUUGAAAAACGCCGCGUGGAUUUUGGAAUCUAAAGAGCCCAAAACGGCAAAUUGGGGACUCUUAUCGAUUAUGCAGGGGCCCAAAGUAGUCAAUAUGUUCCAGAAAUUAUCUACGCGUACGAAACCCUCUCGACUAGUAGAAAUUAAAUCAAUAUUCGACGAUAAUGAAAACGAAUCCAAAAGUCCUGAGAAAAAGGUGAAAAGUGACCAAAGGUAG